UGCUCUGCUCCUGGAGGGGUCAGUUCUGCUGCCAACAUGCCCACCCAGCUGGAGAUGGCCAUGGACACCCUGAUCAGAGUCUUUCACAGAUACUCUUGUAAGGAAGGGGACAAGUUCAAGCUCAACAAGGGGGAACUGAAGAUGCUCCUGCAGCGAGAGCUCACAGACUUCCUCUCGUGCCAAAAGGACCCCCAGUUGGUUGACAAGAUAAUGCAGGACCUGGAUGCGAACAAGGACAACGAAGUGGAUUUUAAUGAAUUCGUGGUGAUGGUGGCGGCUCUGACAGUUGCUUGUAAUGAUUACUUUGUGGAACAGUUGAAGAAGAAAGGAAAAUAA